UAUUUCAUUUCUGUGUGUGACAGGCUAUCAGGAUCAUUCGUGCUGUCCUGGAGAAGUACGGGACCUACGAGAGCUUCGAAGUUGCCACGGGUGGGAGGCUGCUGAGCAAGUGCCAGAUCUGGUCCGUGAUCCGAAAGUACAUGCAGAAGGAAGGCUGCCUGGGAGAGGUGGUGGUGCAGCUCACCGACGACCUGCUGUCCCAGGCAGUGAUGAUGGUGGAGGACAGCCGGCCGACGCUGGCCAUCAACCUGGCCGGAGCCCGGCAGCACUGGCUGGAGGGGAUGCUGCGCCACGAGAUAGGCACCCACUACAUCCGGGGGGUGAACAACACCCGCCAGCCCUGGCACAGCUCCGAGGGCCGCAAGCAGUACAGCCUGAAGCCCGCCAACCCCACGGAGGAAGGCUUGGCCAGCCUGCACAGCGUCCUCUUCCGCAAGCAGCCCUUCCUGUGGCGGGCAGCCCUGCUCUACUACACCAUCGAGCGAGCCAGCCGCCUCUCCUUCUCCGCCCUCUUCCAGGACCUGGAGCAGUAUGUCCAGGACGCCGGCGUCCGGUGGGAAUACUGCGUGCGGGCCAAGCGGGGCCAGACCGACACCUCGCAGCCAGGGUGUUUCAGUAAGGACCAGGUUUACCUGGAUGGGAUUCUCCGCAUCCUGCGCCAUCGGCAGACCAUCGACUUCCCACUGCUGGCUGCGCUUGGAAAGGUCUCCUAUGAAGACGUGAAUCGGCUGAAGAAAUUUGGGGUCCUGGAGAAAGCCCGAAUCCCCCAUUUCAUGCAGGACCUGGAGCGAUACAUGAAGCAGCUGGACCACAUCGUCACCACCAAUGGCCUGAACGAGGAGGAGCUGGAGCAGCUGCUGCCUGACUGAGGGGCAUCCACCCUCCCCACCCCCCCCACCCCCAACCCAGUGUCCCAAGGUUGUAACUGGUGCCAUUUAUUGGAUAUUUAUUGAGGCUGGAGCCUGGAGGAGGGGGCAGAGCCUGGGCCUCCCCCCAUGCCCGGGUGGCCACUGUGCAUGUACCGCUGUGUAGGGUAGCGUGGCCCAGAGGGCCGGUGUGGUUAGUGUUGAUGUGUUUGCCCCCCCGCACCGUCCCCUGUGUGUUCUGGGGAUGGCUGUGUGGCUCCGCGUGGCUUUGGGGAGCUGGAGAAGAGGGUUCAGAGGCAGCAAGGGCAGAGCUGGGGAGAUGUGCUGGUCCCCCAGAGGUGCAGGAAGCUGUGCUGGGGUAGUUGCAAGGAGGGGGGGGGGAUGGCCUUGGGGUUACCAGGGGGUGCUCGCAGAGCAGGGGCACCUACUCAGGGCCUGCAGACAGGGCUGGGGGCUCUGGGCUGUGCCUGGCAGCCCUGGCAGGGAGUAAGGGCUGGCUCAUACCCACCAGUCACCCUGUGCAUGCAUUUCCUGCUCCGACUUCCUUCCCUCAUGCCCCCCACCAGCAGCAGGAAGGACCAAAUA